AUGCCACCGCCGGCGCCGGCCACCGCUCGUCCGGGACCUGCGCAGGUCUACCUCAAGAUCCACGGAACCAGAGUGGCGAGGCCGCACCUCCUCGACUGGGCCGUGCUGGUCUUCCUCGUCGCCCUCGACGGGGCGCUCAACUUCAUCGAGCCCUUCCACCGGUUCGUCGGAGCAGACAUGAUGCCGGGCCUCCGGUACCCCCUCAAGGACAACACCGUGCCCGUCUGGGCCGUCCCGGUGGUCGCCGUCGUCGGGCCGGUGGCCAUCAUCGUGGGCAUAUACGUGAGGAGGAAGAACGUGUACGACCUGCACCACGCCAUUCUCGGCCUUCUGUUCUCCGUGCUUAUAACCGCCGUCCUGACCGACGCGAUCAAGGACGGCGUCGGCCGGCCGCGCCCCAACUUCUUCUGGCGCUGCUUUCCCGACGGUCUGCCGGAGUACGACAACGUGACUCGAGCUGCCGUCUGCCACGGCGACCCGGCGGUGGUCAAAGAAGGGUACAAGAGCUUCCCAAGCGGCCACACCUCAUGGUCGUUCGCCGGGCUGGGCUUCCUGUCCUGGUACCUGGCCGGCAAGAUCAAGGCGUUCGACCGGCGAGGGCACGUCGCCAAGCUCUGCAUCGUCGCCCUGUCGCUGCUGCUCGCCUCGAUGGUCGCCGUGUCGAGGGUCGACGACUACUGGCACCACUGGCAGGACGUGUUCACCGCCGGAGUUCUCGUUCUUCCCACCACCAUCUUGUGA